AUAUUAUACCUUUCUCUUCUCCAUAAAGUCAAAUUUUUAUAUACAUAGAUAUAUAUAUAUAGUCUAAUUUUUUUAUCCCUUUCUCAGUUGCAUUCAAAAAAGCUUUACGCAAGACUGUCUGCUCAUUUCUCUUUUGACAUUUUUAAUUCAUGAAUCAGCCAAUUUAUCUAACUUCACAUAUUCAUCACUGAACAUAAACUUCUUCCAUUUUUGUUAGCUGGGUACCUGUUUUUUCCCUCUAAAUACUACAAAUAUCACCCAAGACUUUGUUUUUUUUUUUUUGAAUCUCUGAAGGUUUUUGUUUCUGGGUUUAACUGGGUUUAUCUUUAAUCCUCGAGUAAUAUAAAUCUGGUUUAAAAGUUGAAAGAUUUUCUUCUACAUUAAUUUGCUUAUGAAGUGUUUGUCAAUGGUGGAGCUUCAGUCUUGCGCUAGCUUAUCUGCUUUGUGUGGUAUAGAGGAAGAAGUGAAAGAAGAUAGUGUCAAUGUCGUUGCAGAGAUUUCAGCUGAGUUGCAGAGAGAAAGAGAGAGAAAUGCAGAGCUUAUGGAGAGAAUAUCAUUUCUUGAAGCUCAAAUCCAAGAGAGGGAGAGUUGUAAGGAGUCUAUUCCAAAUAAUGAACAAGGUUGUUUAGCCACAAAAGAAAGAUUCUUCAGGACCUUUAAAAGACAGAAGACAGAGAAUACAAGUGCAGCUGAAGAUGGAAAUAUUACAGAAGGCGAAAGGGCCUCAAUGGAAAAACAUAGUUCUGACAUUUCUGGCAUAGCAUUAAAUCCAGAAGCUCCAUUAGUGAAUUGGAUGAGUAGAGAUGACAAGAUUCAUCUUUUGCAUUAUGAUAAACUCAAAGACAGUGACUCUGCCGUAAAUUGUGAUGAUACAGAUGAUAGUGAAGAAGAUUAUGGUUACUGUGAAGAAGAUGAUACUAACACCAACUAUAAAAACAGAGAAAUGGAUGAGAAUCUAAAAGAUUUCAGUGAAGUAAAGGAAAAGCUUCAUGAAGGUGUAAAUCAGCUUAUGGACAUGUCAGAUUUGCAAAGUUCUUAUGGUUCUCAGAAUGAGCUGAAAUCUCAAAAUGAGAGCCAGGUGACAAAUGAAGACAGUAAAAUAGAUUGUAUAACAACCAACACUCGACCAGAUCAUGAGAAAACUGAUCUUGGAAAUGAUGAGAAGAAAGAUAGCAUGAAGAUUGAAGGAUGCAAGACACUACCUGAGGCUCUUGCUUCUCAGAAGAAGGCAUUGCGUACAGGAGCUGGAAGUGUAUCUCUGUACAAGAAGCCUCUGAAAGUGCCUUUCUGUCCAAAAGAAGUAAAGAGAAUGCUCGAGUCUGAUGCCCUUUUACUGAACAAUGCCCAGUCUCACACUAUGAGGAAGAUCAUAGUCUUUGCAUCUCUUGGUAUAAGGCAUGGAUGUGAAGAUAUGCAUGAGCUAGACUUCAAUCAUUUUACAGUUUUAAGGAAAGGCGAGCCAUAUGUUUCUUCAAAGGAUCCUGGGGAGCAUGUGUUAUACGAGAAUCCUGGAGUCCGGAGAAAGGUUUUCUAUCCAAAUAGUGAGAAUCCAAUGUUGUGUCCAGUUCAAAUACUAGAAGAGGAAAAGGCUAUGCGUCCAUCUGAUCCUGGUUGCCCGUCAUAUUUGUUUCUGUGCAUAAAGUAUGGUGGAAGGACAAGAAAUCUUCCCCAAAAUGAGUAUGUCAGGCAGAGAAUGGGAAGAAACAAGCUGAAGUCCUUCGGACCUGUCAUGUGCAGAAUGGCAAUGCUAGUCCAUAUUCGCAGCGGAAGCUUCUUCUUCAAGGCCUUGGGCAUUACACUGUUGUUCAUGGCUGGUUUCCCUGAUGAUCUAGUUCAGAAGGAAACUAAAUAUCGGAACCUAGAUUUAUUGCAAAAGUAUUACAGGACAGACAAGAAAGCCGAAGGAGAGGAUUUAUUUCUUUCCCACACAUUGAUUUGUGAUGCAGCAAGUCCUAGUUCUCAGCAGCUAACUGAGAAGCCGGCUUCAACCAGAUGCAAGGGCAGGAAACAAACAGGCUCAAAGAAGCCUCAUGGCUUGCCGAGAUCCUCAUUUCAACAGUCUAUUCCUUUGAGCUCUGUACCUCCUGCACAAGUGGGAAUUACAGGCUAUACCUCUAUUCAAACUCAUGCAAUGGCUGCCUGCCAGUCUACAGCUUAUCAGACUCCAGAAGAUGGUCUACAACUCACGAACAGUAAAUAUCCUGGUACUAAUGUCUCUUACCAUAAUCAAACUCCAUCUCAUAUGUUCCCACCAUACCCAGCAAAUGCAUUCAUGCCUAUGAUAUACUGGCCUCCACCGAGUACAUAUCCUCCUGGUCUGUAUCCAACAACAACAUAUGGAUAUCAAUCUUUUCCAUCUUCCUCAAAUUAUAUGUCCAUCAAUCCACAGCCUCAUUAUAACUACUCUUAUCAUGCCUCCAGUCCUACGAUUCUGAAGACAGUAGAAGGCAGUGGAAAGAACAACCUAAUAUUGGAGGAAGCUGAUAGUGACUCUGAUAGUAGCUCAAGCAGUACAGAACCAAAACAGGUAUUACCAAGCUGCAGCAAAUGAUCAGCCUGUGAAAACUGUGUUUCCAGUAAAUUAUUAUCUCUUGAAAGAAAUCUCAUGGAAGAAAGAUGGGAUGAAAUACGAUUCUUUGAUCCCUUCUACAUCAAGAUCAGGUGCAUGAAUGUUUUCUAACUUAGAAAAUGCAUUUUUGUGUAUAUUUUUCACCUCAAUGUCAUAUCGGAGACAUUGCGAAAAAACUUGCAGUUUAGUCAAUUAAUCUUAUUUUGUCAUGUGAGUAUGAAAUAUAUCAAGCCAAAGAUUAAAAAAUCAAUAAUUUUUUGAAGCGA